CUGGGAGGAGAGCGGCGCGGCGCGGAGGAGCGCUCUCUGGUCUUCCCGGGGUUGGUCGGAGGAGCAGCAGCGGCCGGAAGGUUGUGCAGCCGGUUUAUAAACAAUAAUUAAACUGAUACUUUUAUGUGAAUCUUAUAGACGAAAAGGAUGCCAAUAAGAGCCUUCUCAACAACUGAGAAUUUGGAGCGGUGUUAAAAAGGAAACCAAAUCAAGGCAGCAAUCAAAAUUUAACAACUUCCUCCACAGAACCUCAAAACGCUUCUUCCCCAGCAGGUGACAGGCGAGGGAGAGAAAAACAGGAAGAGAGUUUUGAGCUGGAAAAAAAUGAGUAUGUAUGUGGAACUCAAGGAAACAUUACCUGAAAAGCUCAUGGGGGACAAUUUCCAAAUUCAGAAAGAGAGAGAAAUCUGUGGGAUAAGCAGAGAUUGUAGAUCACGGCUGAUUAUUCACAAGAGGAUCCACGCCAGAGAAAAGCCAUACAAAUGCUCCGAAUGUGGCAAAAGCUUUACUUGGAACAGCUCCCUGGUGAUACACCAGAGGUCUCACACAGGAGAGAAACCGUAUGAGUGUCUGGAUUGUGGGAGAAGUUUCAGUCAGAAUUCUGAUCUGGUGAUACACCAGAGGACUCAUACAGGAGAGAAACCGUAUGAGUGUCCAGUUUGUGGGAAAAGUUUCAGUCAGAAUUUCGGCCUGGUGAUACACCAUAGGACUCACACAGGAGAGAAACCGUAUGAGUGUCCGGAUUGUGGGAAAAGUUUCAGUCAAAAUUCCGGCCUGGUGAUACACCAUAGGACUCACACAGGAGAGAAACCAUAUGAGUGUCCAGAUUGUGGGAAAAGUUUCAGUGUGAAAUUCAUGCUAGUGAAACACCAGAGGACUCACACAGGAGAAAAACCAUAUCAGUGUCCGGAUUGUGGGAAAAGUUUCAGUCAGAAUUCCAGCCUGGUGAUACACCAGAGGACUCACACAGGAGAGAAACCAUAUGAGUGUCUCGAUUGUGGGAAAAGUUUCAGUCAGAAUUCCGGCCUUAUGAUACACCAGCAGACUCAUACAGGAGAGAAACCAUAUCAGUGUCCGGAUUGUGGGAAAAGUUUCAGUCGGAAAUCCAGCGUGGUGAGACACCAGAGGACUCACACAGGAGAGAAACCAUAUGAGUGUCCCGAUUGUGGGAAAAGUUUCAGUCGGAAUUCUGAUCUGGUGACACACCAGAGGACUCACCGAGGAGAGAAACCAUAUGAGUGUCCGGAUUGUGGGAAAGGGUUCAGUCUGAAUUCCGGCCUGGUUACGCACCAGAGGACUCACACAGGAGAGAAACCGUAUGAGUGUCCGGAUUGUGGGAAAAGUUUCAGUCAGAAGUCCAGCCUGGUGAUACACCAGAGGAUUCACACAGGAGAGAAGCCGUAUGAGUGUCUGUAUUGUGGGAAAAGUUUCAGUCAGAAUUCUGACAGGGUGAACCACCAGAGGACUCACACAGGUGAGAAACCAUAUGAGUGUCUGGAUUGUGGGAAAAGUUUCAUUCGUAAAUCCAACCUGGCGAUACACCGGAGGACUCACACAGGAGAGAAACCAUAUGAGUGUCCAGAUUGUGGGAAAAGUUUCAAUUACAGAUCACAGCUGAUUAUGCAAGAGAGGGUGCACACCAGCGAGAAGCCCUACCAGUGUUCUCGAUGUGGCAAAAGUUUUAGCAGUCAUGCCAUCCUGCUGAAUCACAAGAGGACUCACACUGGGCGGAGACCGUAUGAGUGUCCAGAUUGUGGGAAAAGUUUCUGUUUGAAGUCCAAAAUGAUGAUACAUCAGAGGAUUCACACAGGAGAGAAACCGUAUGAGUGUCCAGAUUGUGGGAAAGGUUUCAGUCGGAAUUCCGACCUGGUGAUACACCAGAGGACUCACACAGGAGAGAAACCGUAUGAGUGUCCAGAUUGUGGGAAAGAUUUCAGUCGGAAUUCCGACCUGGUGAUACACCAGAGGACUCACACAGGAGAGAAACCAUAUGAGUGUCUGGAUUGUGGGAAAAGUUUCAGUCAUAAUUCCCAUCUGGUGAACCACCAGAGGAUUCACACAGGAGAGAAACCGUAUGAGUGUCCAGAUUGUGGGAAAGGUUUCAGUCGGAAUUCCGACCUGCUGAUACACCAGAGGACUCACACAGGAGAGAAACCGUAUGAGUGUCUGGAUUGUAGGAAAAGUUUCAGUCAGAAUUCCCAUCUGGUGAACCACCAGAGGAUUCACACAGGAGAGAAACCGUAUGAGUGUCCAGAUUGUGGGAAAGGUUUCAGUCGGAAUUCCGACCUGAUGAUACACCAGAGGACUCACACAGGAGAGAAACCAUAUGAGUGUAUGGAUUGUGGGAAAAGUUUCAGUCAGAAUUCCCAUCUGGUGAACCACCAGAGGAUUCACACAGGAGAGAAACCGUACCAGUGUCCAGACUGUGGGAAAGGUUUCAGUCGGAAUUCCGACCUGGUGAUACACCAGAGGAUUCACACAGGAGAGAAACCGUAUGAGUGUAUGGAUUGUGGGAAAAGUUUCAGUCAGAAUUCCCAUCUGGUGAACCACCAGAGGAUUCACACAGGAGAGAAACCGUAUGAGUGUCGUGAUUGUGGGAAAAGUUUCAGUUGGAAGUACAGCCUGGUGUUACACCAGAGGACUCACACUGGAGGGAAACCGUAUGAGUGUCCGGAUUGUGGGAAAAGUUUCAGUUGGAAGUACAACCUGGUGAGACACCAGAGGACUCACACAGGAGAGAAACCGUAUGAGUGUCCCGAUUGUGGGAAAGAUUUCAGCCGGAAUUCUGACCUGGUGUUCCACCAGAGGAUUCACACAGGGGAGAAACUGUAUGAGUGUCCGGAUUGUGGGAAAGAUUUCAUUUGGAAGUCCGACCUGGUGAAACACCAGAGGAGUCACACAGGAGAGAAACCGUAUGAGUGUCUCGAUUGUGGGAAAAGUUUCUGUGUGAAGUCCACCCUGGUGAACCAUCAGAGGACUCACACAGGAGAGAAACUGUAUCAGUGUCCGGAUUGUGGGAAAGAUUUCAGUCGGAAUUACCAUCUGGUGAUGCACCAGAGGACUCACACAGGACAGAAACCGUAUCAGUGUCCGGAUUGUGGGAAAGAUUUCAUUUGGAAGGCCGACCUGGUGAACCACCGGAGGACUCACACAGGGGAGAAACCGUAUGAGUGUCCGGACUGUGGGAAAGAUUUCCGUGUUAGGUCUAGCCUUAUAAAUCAUGUAGGUUUACACAUAGGAGAGAAGCCAUUCAAAUGCCCAGACUGUGGACGGUGCUUCACAAACAAUUCCUACCUUAGCAGACACAAGAAAAUGCACAUGAGGCAGAAGAUGCUAGUUGUAGAGAAGGCUUGAAUUUCACUUCUCAUCGCUUAAGUAUCAUCUAAAUCUUAAGUAUUUAAUUUCUGGUCUGAUUCUUUUUAGUCAAACCUCUCUCAGUAUUAGACAUGAGGGAGGAGAGAAAAACAUGGAAAAUGAUAGGUUGAGAAAGGUUAACUGCAUGUAUCUGGCGAUCAGCAGAAUGUCCCAAUAAGCUGCUGGAGGUCCUAAAAGAUACAUGAUAAAAAGAUAGAAGCACUCAGAUUUUAUGAGAGAAUAUAUUAGGGAUGUUUGUGGCAGUGACAAAAUUCCUGUAAAGUUUCAGAUGGAAAGGCUUUCUGCCUUGCAAUUGAACUUGAUGGAUAAGAGCUGUAGGAAUAUUGAGUUGAGGAGAAAAGGCAUUGUGGGUCUGAGCGUAGGAUCUCCAGGUGUAGGAACAGUCCCUGCUGUGAUUGUGUUUGCCUGGAGGUGCCUGCUUGUUAGCCUUCGAUGGUUGUGGGUGACAGCAGCACCAAGAAGCUGACCCUUUUCUUACAUGUCCUUGGUGGUGGAGAUGGGAGGAAAAAAUUCCGCAGUAGAAGGUGGUUCAUGUCUAGUAAUAGAUUGUGUAAGAACCAUUCAUGGAUUUUGGGAGGCAAAAAAGACUGGGUGGUGUCAGCGUUGCUGUGAACGUGGGGCCGAGGAAAGGCAAAGCUCCCUUUCCAAGACAUGGGAGAUGUUUCCAUUUCUUUCACUCCUCUCUCGGAGUUUCUUUUUAAGUUUUCACGAAAAAAUCCCUACAAGUAAGUAGAGGAAAAUUAUUUGCAGCCACUAAAUGGCAUUUUAGCUAUGCAGAUGAAUGAUCCUGAUUUUGCUGAGUUCAGGAGACACCAAAGAAUUCAAGGCUUGUUCGUUUUAGGAACCCGAAUCAGAGAUGAGGUUAUAAUACUCUUUUUUCCUAAUAGAUCACUCUGCAUAUGAUCCCUUUGGAGAAGGACACUCAACAGCCAGGACCAGGCCGGGGGUGGGGAGGAAGCAAGAGGUUCUUUUGGCCUGAGCCUCAGGGUCCGAGUGGCUUCAGAUUUAAAGCUCUGCAAGUUGUUAAACUUUAAAAGAUUCAAAUUAUAUUUAAUUCUCUCCUCUUUCUUUUUUCUUGCUCUUUUUGGUGCCGUAUUUUUGUGCACGCCUUUUAUGACGUCCCAUUUUAUUAUGGGCAGGAGCUGCAUAUGCUUCUUUCCGUAAGGAUUUAUUUUGUAAGUUUGCCAUUUGGGGGGCAUCGCCCACUCUAGGGCUCCAUCCUCUUGGAUAUGGAUGGUGUCCGUGCAUUUAUAGAAAGAUCCAUCCUGCAGUCGGGACUUUUCUCUUAGAAGAUACGGAUAGAGAAGCCCUGAUCAGGACUGCCAGUCUUGCUCUCAUCCCGUUCUUGAAUUUCUCCCCAUAUUUCAUUGUUGGUUCUGCAGUGUUAACUGAAGAUGUAUGAAUUCUAUUCAAAAUAUACUCUUGAUUUUAUGAUGUGUUCCCUUCUUGUGAUUAAACAAACAAAAAGCUUCUUUAA